GGACUUCCGGCGGGCCGGUAUUUUCUUUCCGGUGGUUGGUCCUGGGCGGCCCCUUCCCGACUGGGCCCCGUGCCCCCCGCCCCUGCGGCCCCCCGCCGCCGGGCCAGCCGCCACCAUGAAGAAAUUCUUUCAGGAGUUCAAGGCCGACAUCAAGUUCAAGAGCGCGGGACCCGGUCAGAAGCUCACGGACUCCGUGGGGGAAAAGGCCCUCAAAGAGAAACCCACCCAGCCAGCCCCCAGGCAGCCCCGCCAGGGACCCACCAAUGAGGCACAGAUGGCAGCCGCUGCCGCCCUGGCCCGGCUGGAGCAGAAGCAGUCCCGGCCCUGGGGCCCCACAUCACAAGACACCAUCCGAAACCAGGUGAGAAAGGAACUUCAAGCCGAAGCCACCGUCAGCGGGAGUCUGGAGGCCCCAGGGACCAACAUGGUAUCUCAGCCCAGAGAGGAAGGCUCUGCCCACCUGGCCGUGCCCGGCGUCUACUUCACCUGUCCGCUCACCGGGGCCACCCUGAGGAAGGACCAGCGGGACACCUGCAUCAAGGAGGCCAUUCUGUCACGCUUCUCCACUGACCCAGUGGCCGCCUCCAUCAUGAAGAUCCACACGUUCAACAAAGACCGGGACCGGGUGAAGCUGGGCGUGGACACCAUCGCCAAGUACCUGGACAACAUCCACCUGCACCCCGAGGAGGAGAAGUACCGGAAGAUCAAGCUGCAGAACAAAGUGUUCCAGGAGCGCAUUAACUGCCUGGAAGGGACCCACGAGUUUUUUGAGGCCAUUGGGUUCCAGAAGGUGAUGCUUCCCGUCCCAGAUCAGGAUGACCCUGAGGAGUUCUAUGUGCUGAGUGACGCCACCCUGGCCCAGACCCAGAGCCUGGAGAGGCACAAGGAGCAGCUGCUGGCCGCAGAGCCUGUGCGUGCCAAGCUGGACCGGCAGCGCCGGGUCUUCCAGCCCUCGCCCCUGGCCUCGCAGUUUGACUUGCCUGGGGAUUUCUUCAACCUCACGGCUGAGGAGAUCAAGCGGGAGCAGAGGCUCAGGUCUGAUGCGGUGGAGCGGCUGAGCGUGCUGCGGACCAAGGCCAUGCGGGAGAAGGAGGAGCAGCGGGGGCUGCGGAAGUACACCUACACGCUGCUGCGCGUGCGCCUCCCCGAUGGCUGCCUCCUGCAGGGGACCUUCUACGCCCGGGAGCGGCUGGAGGCAGUGUACGGUUUCGUCCGGGAGGCCCUGCAGCAUGACUGGCUGCCUUUUGAGCUGCUGGCCUCUGGAGGGCAGAAGCUGUCAGAGGACGAGAAUCCGGCCUUGAACGAGUGCGGGCUGGUGCCCUCUGCCCUCCUGACCUUCUCGUGGGACUUGGCCGUGCUGGAGGACAUCAAGGCCGCCGGGGCCGAGCCAGACUCCAUCCUGAAACCUGACCUCCUGUCAGCUAUCGAGAAGCUCUCGUGAAAUAAAAGCAGGGUUGGCCUCAGCCCUGUGGGUCUGUCUCAUGCUCUCCCUGUCCCUGUCCCUACCGCCCCAGGGCCUCCAAGCCACCUCUGGAAAGACUUGCUCUUCCCCAUGGGCAAGGGAAAGGUGUCGGCCGGCUGUGGAGCCAUGGAACCAGGCCCCAUGGCAGAGCCUCCCAGCCCCCAAGGGAGAGGCCUGGGGACACCACCAAAUCGAAGCCCUCCCUAGCUGCAGUAACUGUGUCCUGAAGCCCCUGGGCAGACAUACGAGCAUCUCCCUGGACAGUAGAGCAGGUCCAUGGCAUAGGUCCUGUUCCCGUGUGCCAUGGGUGGCAGCAGCUGCACCCGACGCUGGGGCUGGUCUGUGGAUGUGGGUGACGACAGCAGGAGGGGACACUGGCCUUCCAGCACAGACCUGCAGUUACUAAAUUAUGAACCCAAAUAAACAGGGUGUUUGAAUAUGG